CCAUUCCAAGCUUCAGUCCGUACGAUUCCGCAUCAGCCCUACGCCAUCAUCAUCUGUACGCACGGCGACUGGGGCUUAUGAGUAGUAGGGUCGGGCAUGCCACUGUUAUUUUCUCAAUGUAAAAAUCGCUACCUCAGAGAAGAAAAAUCCAUCGAUGCCUUUCCUACCAACCUCAUUUUGGGAAACCCGAUGGAUUAGCCCACCGUGUCACUGUGGCCACCAUGCACUGUAAGUGAGACAAUGUGGAAGGAGUAAAGGCCCGGAAUCCUUGACACUACAGCGUACAGUCGACAGUGGAGAAUGGGCUGUGUCCAAUGCAAGGAUAAAGAAGCAGCUAAACUCACUGAUGAACCGCGGGAGCCUACAAGCCUGCCACAGAACGUGGGCUAUCUCUACGGGGCGGACCCCACUCCGCAGCACUACCCAAGCUUUGGGGUCACCGCCAUCCCAAACUACAACAACUUCCAUGGCGGCGCCACGCAAGGGGUGACUGUGUUCGGGGGAGUUCACACAUCCUCCCAGUCUGGCACACUCCGGUCCAGGGGAGGCACGGGAGUGACUCUGUUCGUGGCUCUGUACGACUAUGAGGCCCGCACGGAGGAUGACCUCAGCUUCAGGAAAGGGGAGAAGUUCCAGAUCCUCAACAGCAUUGAGGGGGACUGGUGGGAAGCUCGCUCUCUCACUACAGGAGGAACUGGUUACAUUCCCAGUAAUUAUGUGGCUCCAGUGGACUCUAUCCAAGCGGAGGACUGGUACUUUGGUAAACUGGGUCGAAAGGACGCAGAGAGGCAGCUCCUCUCCAAUGGUAACCCCAGAGGCACCUUCCUCAUCCGAGAGAGCGAAACCACCAAAGGGGCCUUCUCCUUGUCCAUCCAGGACUGGGAUGACAUCAAGGGAGACCACGUGAAGCACUACAAGAUCCGCAAGCUGGACAGUGGAGGCUAUUACAUCACCACCCGUGCCCAGUUUGAGACCCUGCAGCAGCUAGUGCAGCACUACUCUGCCAGAGCAGCAGGGCUGUGCUGCCGGCUGAUCGUGCCGUGUCACAAAGGCAUGCCUCGGCUGGCUGACCUGUCCGUCAAAACCAAAGACAAGUGGGAGAUCCCGAGGGAGUCGCUGCAGCUUAUCAAGCGCCUCGGCAACGGCCAGUUCGGCGAGGUCUGGAUGGGCACGUGGAACGGGACCACCAAGGUGGCGGUGAAGACCCUGAAGCCGGGGACCAUGUCCCCCGAGUCCUUCCUGGAGGAGGCCCAGAUCAUGAAGAAGCUCCGCCACGACAAGCUGGUGCAGCUGUACGCUGUUGUGUCUGAGGAGCCCAUCUACAUCAUCACCGAAUACAUGAGCAAAGGGAGUUUGCUCGACUUCCUUAAAGACGGUGAGGGGCGGAGCCUGAAGCUGCCCAACCUAGUGGACAUGGCUGCACAGGUGGCGGCGGGCAUGGCGUACAUCGAGCGGAUGAACUACAUCCACCGGGACCUGCGCUCGGCCAACAUCCUGGUGGGGGACAGCCUGGUGUGCAAGAUCGCCGACUUCGGCCUGGCGAGGCUCAUAGAGGACAACGAGUACACGGCCAGACAAGGGGCCAAGUUUCCCAUCAAGUGGACGGCGCCGGAGGCCGCUCUCUACGGGAAGUUCACCAUCAAGUCGGACGUGUGGUCCUUUGGCAUCCUGCUCACCGAGCUGGUCACCAAGGGCCGAGUCCCGUACCCAGGCAUGAACAACCGGGAGGUGUUGGAGCAGGUGGAGCGCGGCUACAGGAUGCCCUGCCCCCAGGACUGCCCCAUCUCCCUGCACGAGCUCAUGGUCCAGUGCUGGAAGAAGGACCCCGAGGAGCGACCCACGUUCGAGUACCUGCAGGCCUUUUUGGAGGACUACUUCACUGCCACCGAGCCUCAGUAUCAGCCAGGGGAUAACCUCUGAGCGGCCAUCCCUCCGUCAUCCCCUGUGUGUGUGUGUGUGUGUGUGUGUGUGUGUGUGUGUGUGUGUGUGUGUGUGUGUGUGUGUGUGUGUGUGUGUGUGUGUGUGUGUGUGUGUGUGUGUGUGUGUGUGUGUGUGUGUGUGUGUGUGUGUGUGUGUGUAUGCGUGUGUGUUAUCCUCAUCCUGAGCACCAGGGGGAGACAAACAAUCAAUCACCACAACUCUGGCGCAAACGAUUGAGAAAUUCGAUAGACUUGACAUUCUUCACAUACACAAGGAAGGACUGGGGGGAAGGGGGGAGUGACGGCAGCAACAGCAACACCAGGAGAGAAAGACUGACUCAAUAUCCACCCUGUCACCCUUUCGGUCUGCUUUUGGGAAGUUCCAGCGUUUAAGACGAUACUGUGCAACGAGCCAGCUGUCUAACUAGGCGGGCAGUCGUGGCUGAGGAACUCUGAAGGAUUGGUGUGUGGAUGAGACAUAUUGUGAUGUGUACCUUGUAUGUACUGUAAAUAUGAAUGCUUGUUUACUCACCCCCAGUUAUUUUAUUUUGUUUUAUUUGUUUUUAUUAUGUUUUGGAAAGGUGUGGAUUCUUCUUGAUACAAAGGCAAAUCUUAGUUUGGAAUUAUGGGUUGUAUGAAGGAAAAAUAAUUGCGUGAGCUCACAGUCAAGAAAUUGUGAAAUAGGCAUAAUUGUAGGGACUGUAAUCGUUUGCCAUUGUGGACAACAAUACUUAAACAAUUUUCUGACGGUCCCCUGGGGACAUUUUUUUUAAUACAAUUGCUAGCCUCUUCUCAAGGCCUGUUUUUGCCUUUUUAUGUUUAGUAAUAUUCUUAUAAUGUAGGGGAAUGCCUUCAUGCUUUCUAUACACUAACUGAACGCCUAUAGCAUCAAGGACACCUCCUUCCACUAGACUUGUAGGGCAUCUGUGCAUCCAUCGUAUUUGUGCUCGAGCCAAUCAUUUUUGAGCCAGCUUAAAUUAUCGUUUGGGUCAUUUUUGGCUUCUUGCAAACAUUGUUCGGCUGAAUUGCUUAUUAAAAACGAUCCGUUUAAAAUGUAGGCCAACGUUGCAAUACUGUAUGGCAGCGGGCUGUUUAAGAGUUAUGCUUUGACACAUAGGCCUACACGUCUUUUUAGCUUCUAAGGCCAAACUAAAUCAACUGCCAUUACCAUGACUAAAAUGAAGAAUGAUUCGUACAUAAUAACUGUCCCCCCGGCAAUGUGUAUGAGGGGAAGAACAUGUUGAUUAUGAGACCAAAAGUGUUUAGUUUAAGUUACUUUUUUGUUUUGUUUUUGCCAUCCAUGUAGGCCUACGUCGAUAAGCAUAGGUAGAUUGCAAUUGCAGUGGUAGUAUAUAUAACCCUGCCUGACUGAAUGACGAGGUAUAUUCCAAGAGAGGUCACCGAUUCCUUGUGUGUAGCUUUUUUUUAUAUUUAAUUUGAUUAUGAGUAUGAACGAGUGAGAGUAAAAAUUAAUUAUUUUUUUGUUUCUCCUUCUCCUCCAUUCAGUAGAUAUAGGCCUACAGGACAUCAUCUUGGUCAUUAUUUAUUGUCUGUUUAUUGUACACAACUGGUUUUCAAAUAAACAAUCUUGCCACCACACA